UUGACAACAGGUACGUCAACGAUUGUGAUAAAGGAAAAUCAUAUUUGAUUAUGAUAGUUAUUUUAACAUAUUGGAUCGUGUUAAAUCGUUGUAGGUGAUUGUUUACUUUUAAAUUUGAAAAACUUUCCUCACGACAGUUUUAUUAAGACUGGAUGACUGUCUAUACCAUGUUCUAUGACAAUCCGGAGGCAAAAGACAGAGAAAUGUCAACACAUCUAUAGUUUCAGACUAGAAACCGAAGUUGGCUACAGAAUAGAAGAAGUAAUAUGGCUGAAGCCGCAAGGGACCGUGGAAGAGGAAGAGGGGGUGGACGUGGUCGUGGAGUACCUAAGCAUCAACAUGAAACACUGGAAGAUGUGCCAUGGAAACGUCUGCUUGGAUUCAGAAAACUAGAGGAAUUACAGGGAAGGGACGCAAAUGCAAUAUUGUUAACUUUUGAUAGAUACAAAAAUGCACUUAAGAAAGCACUAGAGCAAACGACCGUUAAAGGAAAUAAGGAAAUGUUUAUGCUGCUGGUACGAUGUCUCGCUAAGUGCUGCGAAUGUGAAUCUUUACCGCAACAAGUUAUAGACAUUUUCACGGUUGUAGAAAGCUCAAGUUUUCUAUAUGAGUUCAUGAAGUUUGUUAAAGGAUUAGUUGUGAACACAACUCCAAGAGCACAAAUUGAAAGUAGGGAAAUUUUACGUGAUAUCUUUACAAUUCUCACAAAGUUGAAUUCAUUAUUGCCCAAAUCUCGCAUUAUAAUUCAAGGAAUUUUAGCUUUCAUUGACACCCCGAUCAAUGUAAUUAAAUCCGAUACAACCAUUAUAGAUGAUGAUAUGUGGAGUAUGUAUGAAGAACUCAUGAACAGAGAAGACACAACACGACACAAAAGAUCACGUCUCAAAGACCAAGGUGACGACGAAAGCGAAGAAGAACCAGAUGAUGAUUUUCGUGAUUAUCCUGUUUUUCCGACUACAGAAGAAGUGCAAUCAGAAACUCUUUCGAAGUUACGUCACAACAAAACAUUCGGAGGUUAUGACAAUCUAGAUCAUUAUUUAGACAUUCAGUACCGUCUUUUGCGUGAGGAUUUUAUUGCACCGUUACGUGAUGGUAUCAGAGAAUAUAUGGCUGCUGUGCACGACAUGAGACCAGACAAGAAAUUACACGAAUUAAGAAUUUAUCGUGACGUUCAAAUUAUAAGUCCAAUAUGUAAUAAUCAUGGUUUAUGUCGGCGUAUAAGCUUUAAUUAUCCAGGAAUGAACAGAAUACGCUGGGAACAAAGUAAACACCUGAUCUAUGGGUCAUUGGUUUGUUUAUCUUCUGACACCUUCAAAACUGUCUGGUUUGCAACAGUUGCCAAUAGAGAUUUGAAGAAUGUCCGCAAAGGAAUAAUUGAUAUUAAAUUUGAAAAAGAUUAUGAAGACGUGUCAACUAUUCCACCAGAUACAGUCUUCGUUAUGGCAGAAACCACAGCAUAUUUCGAAGCUUACAGACACGUACUCAUUGGUUUACAAAAUGUACACGAAGGAGAUUUGCCAUUUGAGAAAUAUAUUGUCAAAUGUCUGCCUAAUGUUGAAAAACCAGCAUACUUACGGCGUAGCCCCGAUGCCAAAUUCGACUUACGUCCGUUAGUAGACGACGACAUUAUGUUGGAUGAUAGGAAACAUGAUGAACCGACCAAAGCAUAUUCUUUCAGUGAAAAAUCCGAAGAUGCACGAAAUAUAAAGGUUACAGAUCAAACAUCAUGGCCUCCUCCUGAACUACUACAUCUAGAUAUAUCUCAACUUAGAGCAUUAGAAACGGCUCUAUCUAAAGAGCUGGCUAUAAUACAGGGACCCCCUGGAACUGGAAAAACAUAUAUUGGACACAAAAUUAUAAAAAGUCUACUACAUAAUCGACAUAUUUGGAAUACGGAUCCAGAUACGGGAGCAGAAGAUAACCGUCCAAUCCUCGUUGUCUGUUAUACUAACCACGCCCUAGACCAGUUUCUUGAAGGUAUAGUACAAUGCUACAGUGGUGAAGUUUUACGACUAGGCAGCAGAAGUUCAAGCGAAAUAAUGAAGCCCUUAAGUAUAAAUAGUAAAAGAAUGACAAUGCGAUUAAAUAGGGAGGUACCUCUUGAAAUUCACUCCAGUAAAAUGGAAAUUAAACACAACAUGAGCUCUCUACAAGAAGAGGUCAACAACAUUGCUGAUCGAAUUGAAAAAGCAAAAAGAGAAAUUUUACACGAGGACGCAAUUAAACAUGUAAUGGGGGAUUUUUAUGAAAAACUCGUAUCUAGGUAUGAGGCAAUCAUGCGCGAUAUGUAUGGCUACGAUUUUCAGUGGGAGAAACCAAAGAAAGCCUCGGCAUUACUGGAAUGGCUUGGUUAUGGGGAAUUUUUAGGAUUCGAACCUAAAUUUGAAGAUGAGGCGAAAGCUAGUGAAGAAAAAAAACACCAAGCUGGUGCUGUUCAAGAAACAGAGGAUGAUAGAGAAAACGAAAGAGCAGAAAACCGUAAUGAAAAUGAAAAUAGACCAAAUGAUUUCAUCAACGUACUUGACGAAAGGGAUGUUGAAAUAGCCCAAAGACAGAUUGCUAUGGAAGAAUCCGACGAGGAAGAUGAAUCAUUUGAAGAUAGAUUCAAUAAAAUAUUGAGAGAAAAUAUCCCAUUGGUUGCCUUAGAUGUAUCAGAGUUAGAUCUUUAUUUUAGAAGACCCGAAGGAGAGGGAUUUCGUUGGCAGAAACCAAAAAAGAAAAAUAAACAACUAAAGAGUAAAAUUAGGAAGUCUCUGUCAUCAACCGAUCGUAUGAUAGAUAUCGAAAUUGAAGGAUUUGUUGAUGAUAUGUGGGCUCUACUGCCUGAAGAAAGAUGGCGUAUGUAUCGAUAUUGGUUGAAAGUCUAUUGUGACAAUGUGCAAGAAAAAAUUGGCGAUAAAGAAAUUGAAUUCGAGCGAACAUGUAGAAAGUAUCAUGAAAUACUGAUGCAAGAGGAUAAAGCUAUUAUGAAAAAUUCAACAAUUAUUGGUAUGACCACGACUUGUGCAGCCAGAUAUAAUUCUGUAUUGCAGGAAAUAGGACCACGAAUCAUUAUUGUGGAAGAGGCAGCAGAGGUGCUCGAAGGACACGUGAUUACAACCCUCAGUAGACGAUGUGAACAUUUGAUUUUGAUUGGUGAUCACCAACAACUUAAACCAAAACCAACAGUUUACAAAUUGGCUCGUGAAUACAAACUUGAUUUGUCGCUUUUUGAAAGAUUAGCCAACAAUAAACUUGAUGUGCAGUGUCUUGCUCUUCAACAUAGAAUGCGUCCAAAAAUAUCUAAAAUGAUGAAGAUCAUAUAUCCUAACCUGAAAGAUCAUGAGGUCGUUGAAACCUAUGACAGAAUUCGUGGCAUAGCUGAAGACGUAUAUUUUAUCGAUCAUAUGGAAACGGAAUCUCCUGAAAAGGAUCUCAGAAGCCAUUCAAAUAAACAUGAAGCGGAGUAUUUGGUUGAGCUAUGCAGAUAUCUCCUUUUACAGGGUUAUUCACCAUCACAAAUUACAGUAUUAACAACAUAUUCAGGCCAACUUUUUGAGCUGAAAUAUAGAAUGCCCAAAGCAGAGUUUGAAGGAGUUCGUGUAACAGUAGUUGACAAUUACCAGGGAGAAGAAAAUAACAUAAUUUUGCUUUCUCUUGUACGUAGCAAUGAAGAUGGAACAAUUGGGUUUCUGAAGGAAGACAAUCGAGUUUGCGUAGCAAUGUCACGUGCAAAGAAAGGUCUUUACGUUAUUGGUAAUUUUGAAAUGCUGUCAAGCAAGAGCACUUUAUGGAGAAAAUUUGUUGAUCAUGCGAGGAAAAACAGAUUCUUUGGAAAAAAACUUCGUCUAUAUUGCGAAAAUCACCAGGAUGCCGACGACUCUAUAGUAAAUGCAGAAUUUCCUUCAGAUUUCAAGCGAUCGCCUGGCGGCGGAUGUAGACGUCCGUGCGAAUAUCGUCUUACAUGUGGGCACACGUGUCCAAGUGUUUGUCACAUCAAAGAUCGUGAACACAAGGACAUCCUAUGUAAAAAAUCGUGUACUAAAACGUGUAGUAGGGGGCACAGGUGUCCACUGAAAUGUAAUCAGGAUUGUGCAACAUGUGAGGUCAGUGUACCAAAGCGUUUGCCGAAAUGUGGACAUACACAGAAUGUUCCGUGUUAUCUAGAACCAGUAAACUUUAAAUGCGAGGCAAGAUGUGUUAAAAGCCUUCCGUGUGGUCAUGAUUGUCAAAAUCUGUGUGGAGAUAUACAUACCGACAAGUGUGCCAUGUUAGUAGAGAAACUUGGCCAGUGUAACCAUUCAACAAGAAUCCCUUGUCACUUACUGAAGACAAAACAAGCAUUUUGCCCAGAGCCUUGUGUGGAAAUUUUACAAUGUGAACAUAAAUGUAAGGGAUCAUGCGGUGAGUGCCAGAAUGGACGUCUUCACAAAACUUGUGAAGAAGUAUGCAACAGAAUAUUGAUAUGCGAGCAUAUAUGCAAUGAAAAAUGCAAUAACUGUCCUCCUUGUAAAGAAAAGUGCAAAAAUCGAUGCAAACACAACUAUUGCGGUAAGCAAUGUGGAGAGGAGUGUAGCCCAUGCGCCGAAAAUUGCGAAUGGCAAUGUGAACAUCACAGAUGUGAUCAGAUUUGUAGUUCUCCUUGCGAAAGACCGAGAUGCAACCAACCGUGCAAGAAACGUAUUCCUGUAUGUCAACAUCAUUGUUUGGGAUUAUGCGGUGAACCAUGCCCAAAAGUAUGUCGGAUCUGUGAACCUGAGAAUGAAGCAUUUAUAAGUUUUUUCGGAACAGAAGAUGAAACCGAUGCAAAAUUUGUGCAGCUUGAAGACUGUGGACAUGUUAUUGAAGCAACUGGUUUGGAUAAAUGGAUGGAUGAAAUAAAAGACGAGCAAAUCAAAUUGAAAGAGUGUCCAAAAUGUAAAACUCCCAUUCGACGAAAUCUCAGAUACGGAAAUAUCAUAAAAGAAACUUUGCACAAUAUUGAAGUAGUAAAACAACGUAUUCUAGGAAGUAAAUCGGAAAUGGAAGCCACAGAAAAGACGAUACGACAGGAAUUGUCAGAAUUUGAGAAAACAGAUGCUAGGAAAAUGAAACAGAUUCAUAAUGAACUAACAACAGGAGCCGUAGACGAGAACACACUGAAAACAAUUGUUGAACAAAUAAAGAUUUUGAAAUAUGUGAAUGAGUUGAAAGAGAAGUUUGAAACAAAUGAAGGGAGGUCAGAUCAAUAUGAGGCAAUGUAUCAAAAAGCAUUGGGUCAGCUGAAUGCAUUACAUGAAUUUAUUCUGAUUCGUCGAAGAUUUUUCACGCAACAAGAAUCCCUUGACAUCGAAAGUGAACUUGAUCGUCUUAAACUACUAUACCAAUUAAUGCGGUUCAAAGAAAGGAAGGCCAUUAUUGGAACAACCUUGACAAGAGCGUUAAGUGUUGAUCUAAGGGUAGCUGAACAACAUUUGACUGACGGGAGAAGGCUGACGAUACAGAGGCGACGUGAGGUGGAGACGAUUUUGUCAGCUUUAAAAGAUGUGAUACCUCUGACUGUGAUCGGUAUAUCAGAAGAGGAAAGGGUUCAAAUUGUUACCGCUAUGGGGUUGACGAAAGGUCAUUGGUUCAAAUGUAAAAUGGGGCAUGUUUAUGCAAUUGGCGAUUGUGGCGGAGCAACAGAAGAAUCAAGAUGUCCCGAAUGUAAAUCUGGAAUAGGAGGAACACAGCACAGAGUUAGAGAUGACAAUGCUUUAGCUCCUGAAAUGGACGGAGCGGCACAUGCAGCAUGGUCGACUCAAGCAGAUCUGGGAAAUAAUGACCCAUUUGAAGUUCGAUUUCAUUAAUAACUAUGGACAUACAUUUUUUUUUAAAUUAAAUAUAUGCAUGCAAUGCAAGUAUUUUUAGUUAUAGACAAUUUCUGAGGAAACAAUAAUAUUUGCAUGAUAGUUUUGUUAUUAACUGCUAAGUGAUACACAAUAUAUAUAUAUGUAUUAUAUUUUCCUUCGAGUUUAUAUGAUCCGUUCAUCCUAUUUUGACUCCUCAAAAUUCAAGAGUCUAUCCUAAAUUGAGGUAAAUUGUAUGGCUUUCCAAAUACCGUUUCGAUUCCUAACAUUACUGAAGAGACAUUAAUUGUCGAAAUCCGGAUAUGGUGUACAAAAACCUUUGCACCAUUUGUUUGCGGUAUACCGUCUUUUCCGCAAGUUUAUUGUUUUCUGUUUAGUAUUAAAUUUAUAAUUAAGAUCCAUUUAUUACAUCGGUGAUCCGUUUAUUUGGCAAUCGCCAAAGGCAGUCAGCAGGGUUUAAGAACAUUUGUUGAUCGACCUGUUAGUCAAAUGCGUUUUGUUAAAAUAUACUUUUUCACUUUUUUGGUCUUUUUGGAAAAUGUUGUUUGUGCUGUAUUUAGACCCCUCUAACAAGAAAUUUGUUUUGCAUGCAGACGUAUAAAAAUUGCGGUUUUUAUCCAACGCAACAAGUCUAAAUUUAAAGUCUAAAUUGAAAACUACGUUCAAACCUAUGAUUGCGUUGGAUAAAAACCGCAAUUUUUAUACGUGUGCAUGCAAAACAAAUUUCUUGUUAGAGGGGUCUAAAUACAGCACAUACAUACAAAUAAAAUUGCGAUAGGUCAUUUGAUUAUGAAAAAAACCAUCAGAUCUUUAGGGCGUGCAUUAAACCCAAAUAUACGGUUUACAUGCCGUCAAACUACAUUAUAUUCAAUUCGAUAUAUAAUUAUCAUUAAAUGUGUUCUUCCAAUUUGGUUGGCAAGUCUAUGUUGUAAAUUGUUCUUAGUUAGGCUUUUAACACACUGUUAAUAAUCAUUCUGAACUUUUGUAUGGGAUUUCAAUAUAUAUUUGAUAAGUAUACAGAAAUCAAUUCGAAGAAAAAAAAGAAAGGCACAAAAAAAAUCAUAAACAUACUUUAUAUGAAAUACUUAUUUUCUAUGUAGUCAUUGUAUAAAAAUAUGCCUCUA